AUGGCUGACGUCCCCAAACCCGUCGUCGUCAACGCCCCCGAGCCUCAGCGCCUGGAGAGCUCGGGGUCUGGUUCGUCUGCCGACUCGGAUCACGAUGCCCUGCUUGGCGCUGGGGACAUGGAGCAUCAUGGCGAAUACAACUUUGCUCCGCCUGUCCAGCCCGCCGCCGCUGUCGACGAUAUUGCUCCCCUACGUGAGUCGGCCUACGCCUGGAACGCGGCUGCUCCACCCUCCUCGCGCCCUCGUGGGCCCCAGAUCAUGACCGACGUCCCACCCGCCACCCAGCAGCCCAACGGCUCUGGCCUCAGCUCCUCGAGUAGAGGCCAGCGUCCUGCUGCUGUGCGCACUCCCAGCAACGCAUAUGCUCCUGCUCGCCGUCCCCAGCAAUUCUCCCUCAAUUCCAACACGCACCGCCAGCGUAAUAACUCGGCCACGCGCUCGCGCCGCAACCCCAACGCCGAGUACCGCGCCCAGGAAAAGGCCUAUGUCCAGCGCAUUCGGCAGGAGGAUCAGCAAGAUGAAUUCUUCGACCCAGCCCUACGCACUCCCAGCCUCGGUUACAGCACCGAUUCCGAGACCGACGACGACUCGCCCUCAACCGCCGACUAUGUGGAUAACGAUCCCUAUGACCAGGAGACUCUCCUCUAUUAUGGCAACGACGAUAUGCAGCCGUCAAUUGAGGAGCUCAAGAUUCCUGCCAAUCGCGAGCGCCUCGAGUGGCACUCGAUGCUGGCCAGUGUGUUGACGGGUGAUGUUGUCAAACAGGAAAAGAAGCGCUUGAUUGGUAGCUCAGAGCAACAAGGAGACAGCACAAUGAAGGCAGAGAUUUGGAUGGGCAUCCGCGCAAAGGUCUGCGGCCGCUCGCUGCAAGCACAACGGAGGAUAGUCGACGACACAAGGAGCAAGAUUCGCGCCAACCUUGAGAGCAUUAUUUCUUUUGAAGUUGGCGGAGAGGCUGAGGCUGGUCAGACAGCUGCCCAACAGGUUGCGGAUAUUGUCAAGAAGAUUGAAAAGGUGGAGAGUGCCUACCCCACACGCCAGGCUCUCGAGGCUGCAUACCCCAGAGCAGCCUCACAACCCUACAAGGACGCCUGCGACGCUGUUAUUUCUUGGCACAAUACCAUUGCCCUUAUCAACACUGAGAUGUCUAUCCUGAAGAAAUGGGUUGGCAACGAGGAGUUGGACUUUACCAAGCCCCGCCCUCGCUCUUCCCACGACCACCAUCUGACCGACGAGUCUUCGUUUAUCGACCGGAUACUCAAGGAGGAUGGUCUCAAGUCUCUGCAGGGAGACACCAACCUGCUGACGCCCCUGGAGAAGGUUAUUCAAAAAGCAAAGGCUACGCUCAUUGCAAACGCAGAGGGAUUCGCUGACAGGCAUCUCCCACCCUAUAUCGAGGAGUUGCUAACUCUCAUCAACUUCCCCUCUCGCCUACUUCAGGAGAUUAUCCGUGUUCGCCUGUCCUAUGCCAAGAAGAUCAAAGACCCAUCACAGCAAGGCGUCAUGAUGGCUGAGCAGAUGAUUGCCCAGUUCCAGAUUCUUCUUGCCAUGGCUGGCCAGGUCAAAGAAAGCUACAUGGUCAUAUCGCGGCCGGAGCCUGGCUGGGACCUGCCACCAUGCAUUGAGGAGAACUUUGAUCAGGUUGUUCUAGAUGCCCUCAAGUUCUACUUUAAGAUGCUCAACUGGAAGCUGGCAGCCAACAAGAACACAUUCAAAGAAGCUGAAAUCCUAGAACAAGAAUGGGAUUUCUGCAACAAGCUAGGUCGCCAACUUCAAGGCGGGGAUGUGGUUACGGCUGAGCAGUUCAGUGUUCUUACCUCCAAGUCCCUGACCCGUCUCAGUGCGCACUUUGAGCGAGAACUCCAGCGCCGACCCGAUGAACUGACUGGGUCUGAGAUGGAAAAGCGCUACAAGCAGAUCUUGGAUUCCGUCCGUGUGCGACAGCGAAAGCUGUUCCGUUUCUCCAGGAUUCUGACGCAGCGUUUUGAGAAUUGCACCGAGUACAACAUCAACAACAUUGAUUUGGACGAGGAGCAGUUGCACGAGCUGUACGAAUCGUUGGUCGUUACGGGACAUUUCCUUGUCGAGACUUCCAGCACCAACAAUACCGGCCUUUACAUUGUUGCCUCGCCUGCCGCACUUGAUCGUCCCAAUGACAUUCAGUCGCUGCUUACGACGUGUUAUCAUGCCGAAGAGGCACCCGAAGACCCCUCGAACCCGUAUGUUCUCAUCAUCAAGCCAGAGCAACCUCUCUACUGGUCAGGCAAGAGGAUGUCGGCCAAUAUCAUCGAGCCUCAUUUGGAUCUCAAGGCCGGUCGCUUGCGACUUGUCGCCGACGGCUCUCAGCAACGGUUGGCUAAUGCAAACAUGUCGUUCCUAUCCUGCAUUGGUAUGGAACUGCACACCUUGAUCGAUCAACGCGCCAAUCUCCCACGUGUCAAUGCGGAGUUGCUAAAGAUCAAGCAAACCGCAUACACCCUGUCCAAUACCAUCAUGGAUAGCGUUGAGAUUGUUCGCAGACAAACGGCUGGACUUGAUUGCCAGGAUCUCAUUCAAACCUGUUUUGCUUUUGCAACAGAAUUCGGUCAGCGUUCAGUGCUCUACAUGGACUACAACCGCCGGGCAAUGAACAACAUCAGGCUCACAAGGCUGGCUCUCGACUGGGUCAGUUUCAUCUGCGAUGACUGUAUUGCGUCUGACCGCAAGACGUUCCGAUGGGCUGUCGUAGCCUUGGAGUUUGCCAUGAUGAUGACUCGUGGUCAGAACAUCUUGUCCAUCAGUGACGAUGAGUACUCUCAACUACGUCUCAAAGUUGCUGGCUGCAUGUCAGUACUCAUUUCUCACUUUGAUAUUAUGGGUGCUCGAUCCACCAUUGCUGCACAAGCCGAGCGCCAGCGGUUGAACGCCAUUGCCGGCAAAAGCAUGCUGGACCCUAAGAAUGCCAAGGAUGACGACGAAUCUAUCAAAAUGACACAAGAGCAAUGGAUGCAGAGACUCGAAGAAAUCGACUCUUUCCGAAAGGAAAAGGAAGCCGAACGACAAGCAUUGGGCAGGGUGCUGGAGGACUCUAACGAAGCCGACCGAGCUCUUACCUAUCUCUCUUCAUCUGCUACCAACGUCACUUUGCGUUGGCAGCAGGGUCAGUUUGUUGGUGGUGGAACCUUUGGAUCAGUAUACGCAGCCAUGAAUCUCGAUUCCAAUCACCUCAUGGCUGUCAAGGAAAUCCGUCUUCAAGAUCCCCAGCUCAUUCCUACGAUUGUCGCGCAGAUUCGAGACGAGAUGGGAGUGCUGCAAGUACUGGACCAUCCCAACAUUGUGUCUUACUAUGGCAUUGAACCUCAUCGAGACAAGGUGUACAUUUUCAUGGAGUACUGCUCUGGCGGUUCGCUUGCUGGUCUGCUGGAGCAUGGACGCAUUGAAGACGAGACUGUCAUCAUGGUUUACGCACUGCAGAUGUUGGAGGGUCUUGCCUACCUUCAUGACUCUGGUGUUGUACACCGUGAUAUCAAACCCGAAAACAUUCUUCUCGACCACAACGGUGUAAUCAAGUUUGUCGAUUUUGGCGCUGCGAAGCUCAUUGCUCGCCAAGGCCGAACUCUCGCUGCAGAACACAACGCUACACGUCAAGGCCGCCAACGCUCAAUGACUGGAACUCCCAUGUACAUGUCACCUGAGGUCAUUCGCGGCGGAAGUACCGGUCGCCACGGUGCCGUUGACAUCUGGUCCCUCGGCUGCGUGAUCCUCGAAAUGGCCACGGGCCGCCGUCCCUGGGCAUCUAUGGACAACGAAUGGGCAAUCAUGUACCACAUCGCCCAAGGCGACCCCCCGCAGCUACCGUCUCGCGACCAGCUCAGUGAGACGGGCAUUGACUUCUUGAAGAAAUGCUUCGACCGCGAUCCGAACAAGCGAGCCAGCGCAGUCGAGUUGCUCCAGCAUGAAUGGAUCAUGACACUCCGUGCUCAACUCAGCCUUGAGCCUGCGACUCCAAGCGAUACCAAUUCCAGCAGUGGAGGAACUCCUCACAGUAGUAGGCAAAACUCUACCUACAACUAG